AUGAUGCAUCAGCAAUCCAUGAUGGUUGGAGAUAUGAUUCCUGUUCAUUCUGAGAUACCCGUGCAUGUUGAGGAGAUGAAUAACGUGAACUACGAGAACAACGCUUCCUACGCCUAUGACGAUCUGUUUCCGGCGUUGCCUCAUUCGCAGCCACCUGUCCAACGCAGCAUUCAACAAGCUACCAAUAAGCUGCGCGUUGGAUCGUCGCUGCAUACUCAGGUAUUCCAUGUGCCAUAUGAAGAGAGAAAGUUAGACAACGCUAACACUUUCGGUGAGGGAGAAUCCUUGAGAACUUGUCAAUCCAUCACUAAAGAUACUGGAGCGCACAUCGAAAUAUCUACCAGCAAAGAUGGCAGUUUGACUUUCUUGAUAACUGGCAAACAUAGCGCUGUACUUGACGCAAGGCGCCUUAUCUUGACACACUUCCAGCAACAGGCCAGCAAGCAAAUUAACAUCCCCAAGGAACACCACCGUUGGAUCUUGGGAAAACAAGGUCAGAAGUUGAAAGAGUUGGAAAAAGUGACUGCUACUAAAAUCAAUGUACCUGGUAUUGCUGAUAAUAGUGAGACCAUUACCAUUACUGGUACUAAGGAGGGCAUAGAAAAAGCUGAACAUGAAAUCCGAGUUUGCUCUGAGGAACAGUCGCGUAAGGCUUUGGAACGCAUCAAGAUUCCGAAGAUUUAUCACCCAUUCAUUCAGGGUCCAUACGGAGAACGUGCAUCUGCGCUUAGCGCCGAGACAGGAGCGCGCAUCCACAUUCCGCCUGCUUCGACUCAAAGCGACGAAAUCGUGAUUGCAGGCGAGAAGAAUGGAGUACUCGCAGCCAAAGCUCAGAUUGAGCAAAUCUACGAGGAAAUGGUCAAAAAAUGUUCAACUGUUCGUGUUGAGGUACCUAAAUCUCAGCACAAAUACGUGAUUGGCGCUCGUGGCACAACUAUUCAGGAAAUUCUUAAAGAAACCGAAGUUUCUGUGGAGAUGCCUCCUCCAGAUUCUCCCACUGGUACCAUUACACUGCAUGGACCCCACAACAAGAUUGGUUUGGCUCUUUCAAAAGUAUGCGAAAAAGCAAACUCUGUGAAAACUGCUACUGUUGAUGCCCCAACCUGGAUCCAUAAGUAUAUCAUUGGGAAGAAUGGCUCUAAUAUUAAAAAGAUAACUCAAGACUUCUCAAAGGUUCACGUUGAUAUUACCCAUUCUGAAGAUAAGGUGAAGAUUGAUGGUCCCCCAGAGGAAGUAGAGCGCGCUCAAGUGGAGUUGGAUGACUUUGUGAAAAACUUGCUGGCUACUCUGACCUAUGUUGAACUAUCAGUCGACCCUAAAUUCUUCAAACAUAUAAUUGGAAAGAAUGGAACUAACAUUAAUAGACUGAAGGAUGAGACUGGGGUAGUUAUUAACAUAAUUGAAAACGAAGGCAACAAUAUAAUUCGCAUUGAAGGUAGCCAUCAAGGUGUAGCUGAUGCAGAAAGAGAGUUAAGAGAAAUGGUGAUGAAAUUAGAGAAUGAAAGGACAAAGGAAGUCUAUGUUGAUCAUAGAUAUAUUAAAUCUCUGAUCGGAGUUAGGGGAGAGAAAAUAAAAGAGCUCCGAGAGAAAUUUGAACGCGUGCUUAUUUCUCUACCUGAUCAAGGACAAAAGAGGAGUCCUAUUAAGCUUAGAGGUCCCCAGGAAGAUAUUGAGAAAUGUGAAAAAUACCUCCACAAAGUAAUAAAAGAAAUAGCAGAGUCUUCAUAUGUCCAAGAAGUGCCCAUUUUCAAACAAUUCCAUAAGUUUAUUAUUGGUAAAGGUGGUGCCAACUUGAGAAAAAUUCGAGAUGAAACCCAGACUGUGAUUGACCUUCCAGCUGAAGGUGACGACAGCGAUGUUAUAACAGUGCGAGGGAAACGCGAAAAUGUUGAAGAAGCGGUUAAAAGAAUCCAACAAAUCCAUAAUGAGAAAGCCAAUGUUGUUACAGAAGAAGUAACAAUCGCUCCUAAAUAUUAUAAUUCUUUGAUUGGGGCCGGUGGAAAACUUAUUCAUUCCAUUAUGGAAGAGUGUGGUGGAGUUCUGAUUAAAUUCCCGCCUGCGGAAAGCGAUAGCGACAAAGUCGUCAUCAAGGGACCCAUUGAAGAUGUUGAAAAAGCUAAACAGCAACUACUUGCACAUGCUUCAGAACGCGAACUGACCUCUCACACCGCUCAUGUACGUGCUAAGCCGGAACAUCACAAAUUCCUGAUUGGUAAAAAUGGUGCUAAUAUUAAAAAAAUACGCGAACAAACUGGAGCUCGCAUUAUCUUCCCGACUGAAAAAGAUGAAGAUAAAGAAGCCAUAUUCAUUAUUGGUCGCGAAGAGCAAGUAGAGGCGGCUCGGAAGCAGUUGGAAGCCGCCGUAGCAGAAAUCAGUAAUGUUUCCGAAGGUGAGAUGGCAGUAGCUCCACGUCACCACCGGCACUUCGUGGCCCGUCGUGGCGAGGUGCUUCGACGUAUAGCGGAAGACUGUGGAGGCGUACAAAUUUCAUUCCCAAGACAGGGAGUUAACAGUGACCGUGUCGUACUCAAAGGUCCUAAGGACUGCAUUGAGGCAGCUAAAGUUCGUAUCAACGAAAUCAUCGAGGAUUUGGAAGCAAAGGUAACAAUAGAAUGCGUGAUACCUCAAAGGCACCAUCGCACAGUGAUGGGCGCCCGUGGUGCUAAGGUUAAAGACAUCACAGCUGAACACGACGUGCAAAUUAAAUUCCCGGAACGUGACACGACUGAAGGCGCAGAUGUUCCCGUUAAAGAAAACAAUGAGAGCGCUGAACCUGGACCGAACGACAUCAUUAGAAUCACUGGUCGCCCCGAAAAUUGCGAAGCUGCUAAAAAAGCUUUACUUGAGCAGGUGCCAAUCACCAUAGAUGUGGAGGUUCCAAAUGAACUGCACCGAUUGCUCUCUGGCCAGAAGAGGAGGGAACUGAUGCAAACAUAUGAUGUACACAUCUUGCUUCCACUCAAUGAUGAUCCUAGUGACUUUGUUAAAGUUACAGGUACUCCAACUAAUGUUGAAAAGGCCAAACUUGCACUGCUUGACAAAAUUGUUGACAUGGAGAAAGAGAAAGAAGACAGGAUUCUCAGAUCAUUUGAGCUGAAAUUUAAAGUUGACCCUGAAUAUCAUCCUCUCGUUAUUGGCAAGGGAGGUUCUGUCAUUACAAAGAUUCGCACUGACUAUGGAGUACAAAUAAACUUACCAAAACGUGGUGAGGCUGAUGAUGAUAUCAUUACAAUUCAAGGCUAUGAAGAUAAGGCACUACAAGCAAAGGAAGCUAUUAUGGCCAUCGUGCAUCAGCUGGAUAAUCAGUGCCGAGAGGAAGUCGACAUUGAUCCAAGAGUUCAUAGGAGGUUGAUUGGUCUCAAAGGUAAAAAUAUCAGGCGCAUUAUGGAUGAAUACAAGGUCGACAUUCGAUUCCCGAAACAAGGCGACGACAGCAUUGUUGUCAUAACUGGAGACGAAGAUAAUGUCCUUGAUGCAAAAGACCACCUUCUCAACUUGGCUGAAGAAUAUAUGCAAGAUGUUGCCGAUCGGUACACCCGACCAGCUGCACCUUCACUAGGUGAUUUCGGUGACGUGCUUGGUUCGGAACGAGAGUCUGUGAACAGCAGCGCAGGUUCGACUGCUACGUCCGCGGCGGCUGCAGGUCCCGGCGCCGCGGGCUUCGUGGUGAAGGGAGGACCGUGGGAGCAGCGCGCGCCCGACACGGCGUCCACGCAGGAGUUCCCCACUAUGCCGGGCGGCCCGCGCGCUGCCGCGCCCGCCGCGCCUGCACCCACUGCCGCCUGGGGCCCACGUCGCUAG